AUGGAGGCGGCAGCCCAGACCAUCUUGAGGAAUGAUGGGCUGCUCCUGAGUGAGGAGUACCGUCUGCUCAGCGGUGUCGGAGGCGAAGUCGCCGAGCUGCGGGACGACAAGACCUCUCCUCCCCAUGCAAUCCGAGGCCGAGGACGGCGCCGUGGACUACUUCGUCCGGGAAUGGAUGAAGCAGCUGUGCGAGCUCGCCUACGACGCGGCGCUACCGCUGCUACGUGGCUCCGCAUCAAGUCCAGGCCUAGCGACGGCAUGCACGCCCAGGCCAUCGGAUUUGGUCACCUGACCGCCUCGCCUGCGACAUCAACGCCCUGGGCGCCCGCGCCAUCACCAUCGUCGCCUGCUGUCCUAGCUACUCAGAGGACCGACAGAAGCGACCCGAACUGCCUGAAACCGGCCAGGCAGCACGGAGUUGAACCAUCUCUGAAAAUUUUUCUUACCAAUCCUGACAUCAUAUGCAUAAAGUAA